GUGAGAGGUUGGCUUUCAGUGCGAAGCUUAGAGGGGGAGGUAAACAAGAUGGCGUCAAUCUGAGUGGCAGCUGGAACCAGAAUAGCAGACCUCUAAGAUCAGUACUGAGCUAGUUACAAAUACACUGCACAAAAAUAUACGAUAAUGAAAAGGACUUUUACACAUUUCGAAGACUCCGGACGUCUGGGUGGCUAGAUGGUGAGGAACAGAAGGCGGAUGACAAACUAAGAGAAUGACUAACAAUCGGUCACUCUAGUCAGCUCACAAGAACGUCAGGGUCUCAUGAACUCUUAAAAGAAAAAAAGAAUUGUUUAGCUUUGCUUGAAUCUGGACUAAAGAUCAAGCCAGCCGUUGGCACCAAGCUGUGCCCCUGAAGUCGACUAUGCACUGCGGAUAGGACCUUCGACAGAAAUGCUGUGCUGGAUUCAGAAGCAGGACUGGUCUUCUCUACCUCGGCCAGACACAGUCUCCUCCAAUCAGAUCACAGAUGGAGGUUACAUGGAGUUAAGUGGAGACGUGUAAUCUCUAGGCAACAGUCCCCCAUCCUCUCCUCUGCCCCUGUCCUGUCAGCAGUACAGAGAGAGAGAGAGAGAGAGAGAGAGAGAGACAAGAGCUAGGCUAUUGACUUGCACCUGACUGGUCCUAACCCGACGGGGUCUUGGCUGGCGAGCGUUCUGUGGAAGACAUACUGUGAGCCCACCUCGGGUUACCCUCAUGUUUACAUGUGACCAGAAGUCCCCUAUUACCGUGUUUGUGUUAACACUAAACUUUGGUUAUACCCCUACUGAUGUCCUUUGGGGCUUUUCCCUUGAACCGCCUUGUCCCGCUUGCAUCAAAGGACAAGAUUAAGUCCCAGCUCAGAUAAGAGGCAUCACUUGGACUUGCACCUGCUGUUCUGAGAUAACUGCCCUAACCCCCUCCUCCCCCCCGCCACACACCACACGCCUUCUCCUCAACCCUGCCCAGAAGGAAGUGCAGGCCAGGCCAAGUCACCCCCAUCUACUCACCCUCAGCCAGUCACCCCCAGCUAGUCACCCCCCCACCUAUAGUCCCUCCCCUCCCGGUCUCUCCACUCCCCAGACCUCCCCACCUGAGCACCAUGAGCAUGGGGGAGCACCUGGACUACCUGACGGAGAACGAACUGAUGGGGAUGGACACGUUCAUCCACCGCAUCGACUCCACAGAGGUGAUCUAUCAGCCCCGCAGGAAGCGGGCCAAGCUGAUUGGGAAGUACCUGAUGGGCGACCUGCUGGGAGAGGGAUCCUACGGGAAGGUCAAGGAGAUGCUGGACUCAGAGACUCUCUGCCGACGUGCCGUCAAGAUCCUGAAGAAGAAGAAGCUGAGGAGGAUCCCCAACGGAGAGGCCAACGUGAAGAAGGAGAUUCAGCUGCUAAGAAGACUCCAGCACAAAAAUGUCAUCCACCUGGUGGAUGUGCUGUAUAACGAGGAGAAGCAGAAAAUGUAUAUGGUAAUGGAGUAUUGCGUAUGUGGGAUGCAAGAAAUGCUGGACAGCGUCCCAGAGAAAAGGUUUCCAGUAUUUCAAGCUCAUGGGUACUUCUGCCAGCUGUUAGAUGGUCUGGAGUAUUUGCACAGCCAGGGAAUCGUCCACAAAGACAUCAAACCUGGGAACCUCCUGCUCACCACGGACGGAGCGCUCAAGAUCUCUGACCUGGGGGUGGCGGAGGCUCUACAUCCGUUUGCGGAGGAUGACACGUGCAGGACCAGCCAGGGCUCCCCGGCCUUCCAGCCCCCGGAGAUCGCCAACGGCCUGGACACCUUCUCAGGCUUCAAGGUGGACAUCUGGUCGGCCGGAGUGACGCUCUACAACAUCACGACGAGCCUGUACCCGUUCGAAGGGGACAACAUCUACAAGCUGUUUGAGAACAUCGGCAAGGGAGACUACAGCGUCCCAGAGGAGUGUGGGCCCCUUCUGUCAGACCUGCUAAAAGGAAUGCUUGAAUACGACCCUGUCAAGAGAUUCUCCAUACAGCACAUCAGACAGCACAACUGGGUGCGUAAGAAACACCCCCCCUCGGAGCCCCCGGUGCCCAUCCCGGCCAGUGCGGAGGGGCGUGACGCGUGGCGCAGCAUGACGGUGGUGCCCUACCUGGAGGAUCUGCACGGCUACACCGAGGAGGACGACGAAGACGGCCUAUACGACACAGAGGACGACAUUAUUUACACUCAGGACUUCACUGUGCCAGGUCAGGUAGCGGAGGAGGACCUGGUGGAGGUGGAGCGGAGCCGUGCGGCGGCCAGGCCGGUGUGUGUGAACGGUACUGAGGGCGGCUCGCCGCACAGCAAGCCCAAGACGGACCGCCGCUCCUCCUCAUCCUCCAACCCAUCACGUAAAGGAAGCUCCACCGCCAGCAAGAUCCGCAAGCUCUCCACCUGCAAGCAGCAAUGACCCCACCUCACCCCGCCUGGUAUAUACUCCCGUCCUUCUGUUUUGGAGUCUGUGUUGUGGUGAGAGACCCCUGCUGCCGUCAUGCCCACCUCUCCUGAACCACACAAACUCUAGAAGGAGGAAAGACUGGUGACAGAAAGAGAGGGAGGGCGAGGAGGAUGAUAAGGAGGAAAGGAGUACCGUGUUUACUCUAAGACUGAAGCCACUGGGUGUGAAGAGACUGUCUGACCUCUGACCUCUCUCCCCUCCUUUUCCUUCCAAGCGUCAACAAGGAGUCGUGGGCUUGUGCUGCGCCGUCAACCUCCCUUUUCCCUCCCCCUCCUCCCUCCCUCCCUCCCCCUUCUCCCUUCCUAGUUCUUAGAAUACCUUUAAUUUUUACAGUUGCCUAACUGCAGUUUUAAAAGACGCACAUUGUGAUGUGUAAAAAAAGAAUGAUGUUGAUAACGAUAAAGAAUAUGAAUAAUUCUAUAUUUAAACCGUGGUGAGGAUGGUGGUGAUGAAGCUGAUGUAGGAACCUGCAUGCUGUACUGAGUUUGGAGAAAGGGAACUGAAGGUCGGACUGCCUUGACGUCCACCUCUUAUGAGUUGGGAUUUUCCUUAUCUUUUUUCCAUUUAGUUUUUUUGUUUUGUUUUUUCCUUUCCAAUAAAUAUUUUUUAACUAUUAUUUAUAUAAAACACAUCCCAACCAAACCAUUCUAGAUGUCUGCCUCGUUCCUACAUUUC